AUGCGCCUCCGGCUCCUCAUCGCCUGCGUCGCCGUCGGGCGCGCCGCCGUCCCCGACACCUGCGACCAUCGGAACCCGACCUGCGACGCGUGCUGCCCCGCGCCCGGUGGCGUCAAGUGCGUCGACGCGUCGUCCGCCGAAGACCUCGACUUCUCGGGCCGGACCGCGUGCGUCUGCUACGACGGGGACGCGGCGUCUCAGACCGUGACGGGCUCGGAUUUCAACGACUGCCUCUUCGUCACGGGCGACUACGCGGUCGUCGACGCGGGCGAGGGCGACGACGUCGUCAUCCUCGGCGAGGGCAAGGACGGCGCCGUCGACGGCGGCCCGGGCCGCGACGAGAUCUUUGUUUUCCGGAGCGGCGAGGUGCUCGGCGACGAAGCCGUCUACGUCGAGAUCGAGGGCGGCGAGGGCGACGACCUCAUCGUCGGCGAGGGCGAGGCGCUGUCCAUCGACGCCGGCCCGGGGAACGACUACGUAGAGCUGGGCACGUCCGCGUCGACCAACCUCGACCGGAACCGCGUCUGGGGCGGCGAGGGCAAAGACAUGCUCAUGAUCUGGAACGUGAAGAACUCGCUGAUCUCCGCGGGCCCGCCGGGCGGCGGCGGGUGCCUGCCCGGCGACGAGAUCGACAUCCGGGGCAGCGCGUCGCUGACCGUCGCGGGCAGCGCGUGCGACGACUACAUCGACCUCGUCGACGUCGACGAUAGCGACGUCGACGCGGGCGCGGGCGACGACGUCGUCAACGUCCGCGGCCAGUACAACGACCUCUACGGCGGCGACGGCGACGACAUCCUCUACUACUCCGGCGAGCAGACGACGAUCGGGGACUUUGAGAAGAAGACUCUGGCAGAUCCGUUCCUCAGCGGCGACGAAGACGAGGCCCUCGACGACGGCACGUACUCCUACUCGUACCGCGACCGCUUAGCGCCCUACUACGACUACUACUACUACUACUACUACGAAGCGGGCGCCGCGUCGCCCUCUGCGCCGUCGCCCGCGCCGACGGCCGAGGCUCCCGAGGCUCCCGAGGCGGGGGGCGAGGCGGUCGGCCCGUCCUACGCGCCGACGACGCUCUACGCGCCGACGGCCAAGCCCACGGCCGACGCGGCGGGCGGCGCGGCGCCCGAGGCCCCCGCGCCGACGGCCAAGCCCACGGAGCCCGUGCCCGCGCCGACGGCCAAGCCCACGGAGCCCGUGCCCGUGCUCUACGGCUGCGACGACGCGGUCACGGACUGGAUGGAGCGCAACGGCUACACCUGCGAGUCGUACGAGACGUCCAUCGGCCUCGUCGGCAAGUGCGGCGACGACGACGUCUGGGUCGCCGCGGCGGCCUGCCGCCAGACCUGCUGGGACGCGGGCAAGGCCUACGCCGGCGACGACUGCGACGCCGCGGGCGGCGCGGUCGAGCCCGCGCCGUCGCCCCGGCCGACGCCGGAGCCCCCCGCGUCGUCGCCCCGGCCGACGGAGGAGCCCCGAGGCGCCGCCCCGGAGGCGACGCCGAAGCCGUCGCCCGCGCCGUCGCCCCGGCCGACGGGCGCCGUCGACGUGUCGCCGCGGCCGACCCCCGACGACGGCGGCGACGGCGGCGACGGCGGCUCCGACGACACCGAGGACAUGCUGCCCAUCUUCUACGGCGUCGGCGGCGCCCUCAUCCUCAUCAUCCUCUCCUGCAUCCUCUACCUCGGCGGCUGCUGCACGUGCCGCAAGAGCCGCGGCGGCGGCGGCGGCUACGGCGGCGGCGGCCACGCGUCGCGCAGCCGCGACGCGGUCUCCCUCUGGGACGCGGAGGACGACGGCGACCAGGGCCACUACGCCAGCAGCCGCCGCGACACCUACCGCGACACCUACCCCGAGACCGAGAUGGCGAGCUUCGACUCGCCCACCAAGAACUUCCGCCGGACCCUCAUCGUGCCCGGCGCGGCCCUCACGGCCAUGCAGAAGCGGCGCAGGAAGCCCCUGCCCUUCAGGCACCUCUUCGUCGGGCCGCCGUCGCCGCUCAUGCAGUCGAAGCGGACGAAGCUGCAGCAGCUCUUCUGCGCCUCGAAAAAGGCCGACGCCGUCGUCGAGGCCUUCGCGCCGCCGCCGCCGCCGCGGAGGAAGCGGAGGGUCGCGCGCGCGGUCUUCCGCCCGCUGCCCGCGGGCCCGGCCGCCGUGGCGCCCGCGCGCGGCCGCGCGUUCCUCGAGUUCAUGGCCAGGCGCGACAAGGCGCGCAAGCGCAAGGAGGCCGGGCGGCCCUGGCCCUGGUCCAAGGACGCCAUCCUGCGCGCGCGCCGGUUCACGAACGUGAAACGCGAGGACGACCGGACGACGCGGUGGCUGCGGGACCACCACGGCGCGGCCCACCGCGACGCCCCGGCGGGCGAGGUGCUGAUCAACUGCGCCGUCUUCCGCGCCUUCGGGACCGUCGCCCACGCGGAGCGCUACGGCUGGCGCGCGUCGUUCGACGCGGACGCGUGCCUCGGCGCCGCGGAGGCCUGCUGGCGCGCGGGCCUCCACGCGUUCACGCGGGCUUACCGGCGGCCGCUCUUCAACGCGGAGCGGGGCGUCGGCGCGUCGGCGCCGCCGCGGGGCGCCUACGAGCGCGCCGCGCGCCGCGUCGCGGACCUCGCGGCGGCGCUCCCGCGGCUGCCCGCGGCGAGGACGUCGUGGCGCGACUUCGCGGGCGCGCUCCGCGGCGUCCGGGGCUUCGGGGGCUCGGGCUUCAUGGCCAAGGAGCUGCUCCUCGACGCCGCGUGGUGGCCGUCGGUGGCGGCGCUCGUCGAGGACGCCGGGGACUUCACGCUCGUCGGGCCGGGCGCGCGCCGGGGCCUGAACCGCAUCGCGGGGCGGGACGUCGACUGGGGGUCGCGCGGCGCGGAGAGGGCGCUCGCCGAGGCCCGCUUCCUCGAGGAGGUGCGCCUCGUCCACGCGUUCUGCGUCCGCGAGAAGCCCGCGUGGUGCGCGGCCCGAAACAUCGACAUCCACGACGUCCAGUUCCAGCUCUGCGAGUUCGACAAGUACGAGCGCGUCAAGAGCGCGAAGUACUGCAGCGCGAUCCUCAAGUACGAGCCCCUCGCGAGCUACGCGUUCGCCGCGCUCCCGAAGCCGCCCUGCCGCGACUUCGAGCACCACGUGGCGAUUCCGAAGAGGAAACCGUGGUCCCAGGAACCCGAGACUUGCUCGAUGCUCUCGGGUUUGGGCUUUCGAAAUAUGUUUGGCGCGUCGUCGUCGAAGGCGGCGCCGCGCCCGUCCUGCGGGGGCGCGUCGACGGCGAGCUACCCCGACGUGCUGCGGCGCGUCGCGGCGGCGACGCGGCCGCGCGACGGCGGCUCGCCGAGCGGCGAGUCGGACGCGUCGGCGACGUCGGCGGCGAUGGUCACGCAGGAGGAGGACGACCCGGCGCUCCCCGGCGACUCGCCGCUCUGGGAGUUCCUCGGCGCCCUCGUGCGCGCCGAGGCGGCCAUCCUCGGCGACGCCGCGGACGAGGAGCGGCGGCGGCUCGACGCGACGCCCGGCCCGCGGGGCAAGGCCGCGUCGCUGAGCCCGCUGUCGAGCCUCGAGGCCGCGCGGCGCGCGAGCGGCCACCAGUUCCUCAACGCGCCGGAGCCGACCGAGGAGCGGCCGCGGAAGCGCCAGCGCGUGACCUUCGCGUCGAGCGAGCUCUCCGCGCUCGACUUCGGCGCGCCGCGCGAGGCGCCGCCGGCCGACGCCGCGGCGCCGCGGCCCGAGGCCGCGCCGAGCGACGACCAGGCCGCGGGCCUCCUCGAGCACCUCCACGAGGCCCUGAGCCGCGCCGACGCCGUGGGCGCGCUCGUCGCCGCGGGCGACGCGCGGACGCGCGACGGCGUGCGGUCCGUCGCUGCCGCGCUCGGCGCCGAGGCGGCGCGGCCCGGCGCGGGGCGGCGCGCCGCGCGCGCGGCCGCGUUCCUGCGCGACGAGGUGGCGCUCCUCCUCGGCGGCGGCGGCGAGUCCGAGCUCGAGGGCCGCCACGCGGAGGCGCUCAGCUCGCUCGUGCGCCGCGAGCUCAAGAGCCUGCUCAACGAGGCCGUCGCCAUCGUCCACGGCACGGGCUCCGUGCGCUUCAACUUCGACGACCCGGCGGCGCUGCUCCACCGGGCCCUCCGGGCCCUCCACGACGGCGGCGGGCCGGCCUGGGCGACGGAGCUCCGCGCCGCGCGGUGCGCGGCCGGCGGGCCCCUCGCGUUCGAGGGCGAGGACGAGGCCAAGGACGUGCUGAGCCUCGCCGCGGCCCACGGCUUCGCGCUCUCCGUCUUCACGCAGUCGGCGGUCCGCGCGAAGCUCGCCUCCGGCGGCUUCGACCGCCUCGAGGCGCUCGCGGGCCGCGUCCGCGGCGCGGACGCGCCCCGGGCGGCGGACGCGCCCGGCGACGACGCGGCCGCGCCGGCGUCGGAGGCGGCGACGCGGGUCGACGCGGACGCGGAGGCGGAGGCGCCGGCGGCGCCCGCGGCGGCGGCGCCGCUGUCGCCCGGCGGCGGCGACGCGGCCGCGGCCGCGCCCGCGGGCCUCUUCUCGCCCGGCGGCGGCGGCGCCGCGCCCGCGGGCGCGCCGGAGACGCCCGCGGCGGGCCCGCUCGCGCCGCUGGGGCCGGGCCCCGGCGGCGCGUCGCCGCGGCCGGCGGCGACGCCCCGGACGCCCAUGGAGAGCGCGACCGCGCGCCUCGCGUGCCUCGCGCCGCUCCGCGACGCGCGCGCGCUCCGCGGCGCGCUGCUCGCGGCCGCGCCGGCGGCCCACGCGUCCGCGGCCGACGCCAUCGCCCACCUCACGGCCCUCCGCGACGCCGCGGCCGCCGCGGCCGCCGCGGCCGGCUCCAAGAAGAAGCGCAAGAAGCGCAAGCGCGACAAGCAGAAGCCCCUCUUCGACGACCUCGCGAACAGCGGCGUCUUCCUCUUCCCGGAGAUCGCCGCGCUGCCCUGUCGCAUGCCCGAGGUCGACGAGGAGAUCCUCGACGUCUUCGCGCUCCUCUCGGGCCGGCGGAAGAUCCGGACGCGCCUCGACGGCUACGCGCUCGGCGUCGCCGUGCUCCUGAUCUACGCGACGGCGAACACGGACCACCACGGCCGCUGGCUGCGGAGGCUCGAGGCGGACCCGGCCCACGCCUGCGCGCCCGAGCGGCUCCGGGAGCUCCGGGAGCUGGCGGCCGCGGGCGCCGUCCGCGCGGACGUCGUCGAGGAGAUCCGCACGCCCCGGGACCGGACGGCGAAAGGCGCCCGGCCCGAGCGGCGCCAGACCAUCCUCAUGGACGACGACGCCGGCGGGGCGACGGCCUUCGAGUGCCGCGAGGGCGGCGCCGCGACGGCGCGGCCCGGCCGCCGCCGCGCGCACCGCGGGUCGUCCGCGUCGCAGCACGCCGUGUCGCGCCUCGACGACAAGUACACGAAGCGCGUCGUCGGCGAAAAGACGCUGCUCAUCUCCGUGAUCUGCCCGUCGAGCAGCGACUGCGACAGCGCCUACGACUACGAGAUGAUCGAGUCCGCGCACGGCGGCGACGUCUUCGCGUACCUGGACGAGGUCGUGGACCUGGCCAACGACUUCUACGCCGAGGCGUCCUGGGGCAACUUCUCGCUCGCCGUGACCUACACGCCCAUCCUCGAGGUCGACUACGACCAGUCCACGUGCGACGACAACGACGAGAUCGACUGGCUCGGCGGCGGCUACGACGGCGACCCGGACGCGUUCGACGUCAUGGCGGCGACGGCGUCCCUCGCGGCGGGCUACGACCGCGAGGACUACGACUUCAACGUCGUCGUCAUCCCCUACUGCCAGGGGAACGGCGCCGCGGGCACGGGCUACGUCUCGCAGGCGGGCGCGUUCCUCAACCUCGCGGCCUACAACUACGACCCGUCGUUCAUCCACGAGCUCGGCCACAACUUCGGCGCGAACCACGCGUCCUACGUCGACAACGACAGCGACAACCUCGGCGGGAAGAACGCGUGGUACUCCGACGACGACGACUGGAUCGAGUACGGCAACCUCUACUCGCCCAUGGGCGGCGGCGGCGUCGAGGACGGCGACCUGAGCAACCACUUCACCGUCGAGGGCAAGCUCAUCUUCGACUGGCUCACGAACAGGUACGUCGACUACGUCGAGCCCUACGACGCGUCCGAGACGCCGCUCUGCAACCCGUGCGUCUCCGUGAUCCAGGCGACGGACUCGGGCACGCUGGCCCCCGACGACCCCGUCGCGGUGCAGAUCUCCACGGCGACGGAGGAUCUCUACCUCUUCGUGGAGUACCGCUCCCAGUACUCCGGCGCGCUCAUGACCUACUCGAGCUACAGCUCGAACUCGGGCAUGACGGGCAACUUCGGCAACUCGCGCGUCGUCGACUGCGAGCCCUCGACCGAUCUCCUCACCGACGCCAUGUGCACGAGCGGCGAGAACAUGCAGCUCGACGUCGGCGACGAGGCGACGUCGCGGCCCAUCUCCGUCUACUUUGAAGUCGUCGGCUCGCACCUCGAGGUGUCGGUCUACUCGAGCGACACGCCGCGGCCGACGCUGUCCAUGGCGCCGACGACGGCCGCCCCGACGCAGUCCCCCUCCAAGGAGGACGACCAGUGCGGCAAGGAGAAGUACUGCUGCGACUUCGUCGACAUCGACGGCUACCAGCGCUUCUACAAGGUCCGCGACGUCACGGGCGAGCUCUACUGCUGCUCCUCCAAGUGCACGUUCGUCAACUCCCAGAACUACUACCUCCAGUACGUCGCCGCCGGCGGCGACUACUACGUGAUGACGUCCGAGCCCUGCUUCGAGAGCGGCACGCUGUCCUACAUCGAGGGGCCCAUCACGACGGACGAGAUGGAGGCCUACUGCGACCUCAACCAGCCGACGCCCGCGCCCGUCGGCUGCACGGCGGACUCGACGUCCUGGUACAAGGACGGGUCGCCGGACAAGGACUGCGCCUGGGUCGCGGGCGACCUCGGCCGCUGCGACUCCAAGGAGGACGCCGCCGGCGUGCUCGCGGAGGUCGGCUGCUACGCGACGUGCAACGAGUGCACGCCGCCGGACCCGUCGCCGACGCCCAUGCCCGUCGAGUCCUCGGACCCGGCGCCGACGCCGAGGCCCACCGCGGGCCACGCGUGCGUCGCCGACUCGGCGUCGUGGUACAAGAGCGGCAAGCCCGACAAGGACUGCGCCUGGGUCGCCGAGGACCUGGAGCGGUGCGACUCCAAGGAGGACGACGCGGGCGUGCUCGCGUCCGUGGGCUGCGACGCGACGUGCUACGAGUGCACGCCGGACGAGACGGACGACCCCCCGACGCCGCGGCCGACGAUCAUCUACACCAUCACGCGGGCCCCGACGUCCCUGACCUGCGAGUGCGACGACAAGGGCGUCUGCGACGACGACGGCUGCUACGAGCCGGAGCCCGGCGGCGACUGCGACAACGGCACGCCGCCGCGGCGCGACCUCUGCGCGGACACGUGCGAGGCGUGCGGCGUCGCCGACACGACGUCCACGGUCACGGGCGAGAUCGAGAUCUCGGGCGAGGACGAGGCGUGGGCCGAGGAGCACAGCGAGGAGAUCGAGGAGGCCAUCUGCUACGCGGCGGAGACGGACGCGGACGAGGUCACGAUCUCCUUCGCGGCCGAGACGCGGCGGCGCCGCCUCGACGACGACCCCGAGCUCUUCAUCUUCUACGUCAUCACGGAGGAGUCGUCCGACGCCGCCGCCGCCAUCUACGAGCGCAUGGCCGCGCUCGAGCCCGCCGACUUCGAGGAGCACAUCGCGGCGGCCUUCGCGGCCGCGGGAAAAAACGCGAGCGCCCACGCGAACGCGGAGACGAUCCAGAUCUUCACGCCGCGCCACAACGCGGCCUCCUACGCGCCGACCAUGGCCACGUAUCUCGACGCCGCGUCCCCGAAAUGUUGGGUCGAGCCCGUCGCGGCCGCGCUCGCGCUGACGUCGUGGAGCGUCUUCGCGGCGCUCCGGAGCGCCGCGGCGACGUCCUCGCGGCGCGCGGCGACGAGCGCGCGGAACGAGCCGCGCGCGCGCCGCUUCCGCUUCGGGCCGCGGCGCGCGACGUCGCCCCGCUCGGGCGGCGGCACGGGCGUCCGCGAAGGUGCUGCUAUAUUGAGUCUGGGAGCAGCCCUUCUCUCUCCGCCCUGGGGCAUGGCCUGCACCAUCGAGUGGUGCGAGCCGGACAAACCGCCACGCUGCUUCAAGUUCGUGCUCCCGAAGCCGACGCCCGUGGGCAAGCUCGUCAAGAAGUGCGCCAAGGCCGCCGGCGCGACGCACGUGAACGUCCAGGUCCGGCCGCGCGGCGGCGGCAAUGCCCUUGGCGCCAAGGACCUCGUGCCGAGUGCCACGAACAUUUUCUAUACAGCCGUGCCCGAAGCCGCGCCCGCAGCCGCGCUGUCCGCAUCGGCCGCGCCCGCGGCCGCGCUGUCCACGUCGGCCGCGCCGGCGGCGGCGCCGCCGCCGAAGGCCCACGUCGCGCGCUACGCGAGCUGGCUCCGGGGCCCCGCGGCGCCGCGCGUCGCGUCGUCCGACGAGGCGGCCGUCGUCGCCGCGCUAAGGAAGCGCCAGCCUAUCGUCGUCGAAAACAGCAGCCUCACGAAGAGCCUGCGCCACUGGACCUUCCAGUACCUCGCGGACCACAGCGACGGCGACGUGCCGCGGUUCCACACGCACUUCGCGCCGAAGCGGCGCCGCGUCUUCCCGCGCAAGUACGGCAAGAAGCUCAUGCCCGGCGAGGCCGCCGCGGAGGAGGGCGGCAUCGUCGCAACGACGUUCCGCGACUUCCACGAGCUCCUCAAGGGCGCGCGGCGGAAUCCCGCGGAGCCGCUGGCCUACUACUGCCAGCAGACGGUCCUGAGCUACGGCGACCGCGACCCCGACGGCCGGUCGCCGCCGCCGGCGGGCGCCGCGCCCAUGUCCGGCGACCACGCCUUCCUGAAGGACCUCUACGAAGCGGACUGGGCCUGGCUCGACCGCGUCACCGCGUGCCUCGGCCCCUUCUUCAUGACGUCGCUCUGGUGCGGCGACGGCGCGAGCGCGACGCCCAUGCACUACGACUGCAAGGACAACUGGCUCUGCCAGGUCGCGGGCCGCAAGCACGUCCUGCUCUUCCCGCCGGCGCGGUCCUUCGACGUCUACCCCUACCCGCUGGACCACCCGAUGACGGAGUUCACGAUGGUCGACCUCGAGAAGCCCGACCUGAAGCGCUGGCCCGCCUUCGAGAAGCUGCGCCGCGGCGGCGUCUGGGCGACGCUCGAGCCGGGCGACGCGCUCUUCAUCCCGCGGUUCACGUGGCACUACGUCGAGCAGUGCGAGCCCGACGCGGACAACAUCUCCGUGAACUUCUGGUUCGGCGGCUACUGCGACAACAUGGAGGACCUGCAGGACCUCCACGGCGCCGCCCGGGGCGACGCCGCGCGGGGCCGCUGCGACCUCGCGACGCGGCGGAUCCUCGCGCACCGCCUCACGGAGUGGAUCGCGAAGGCGAGCCUCGCCCCCGUGGACAUCGAGCCCCACGAGUUCCUGACGACCUGGGCGAAACGCGGCGCGCGCGUCUUCGAGGUCCCGCUCUACCGGAAUCUGCGCCAGUUCGCGGCGGACCUCGUCGCGCGGAUGGCGCCGAUCGUCGACGGCGAGGCCAACUUCUUCGACCUACUCCGGGACAUGUGCAAGGACGGGCGGCUCCACCCGGGCCCGCCGGCCUUCACCGUCGUCGCCUCGGGCGAGGAGAACCGGAACACGCCGCGCGACGCGCUCCCCGCGAAGCUCCGGGGGCUCCUGCGCGCGGACGCGGCGCGGUCCGACUCCGAGGACGACUUCGCGGGCCUCGACGGCUAG